GGUCGCCUCAUCCGCCAAUCACCGGUCUCCCUCUGAUCAUUUUUUUUUUUUUUUUAUUUUGGAGGAUGUUUGUCGAAGUAACCUCAGCUAGCCGCGGAAGUUUCCCCCGAGCCGGACAAAAGCCCUUUUCUCUUUCGCCAAGUCGUCGCCUGACACCCGAGCCUCGCUGUCAGCUACUCUCUACGUCGACAUUUGAAGUGCGGUAAAAUAUCACGAGGAUUUUUUUUUUUUCCCCUCUCUGUCUCUCUCUCCAUCUUUCGAGGCAAGCAGAAAGGGAGCUAAGCAGUGUUAGCAUUGUGCUAGCAGUAUGUCAAGCACAAGAAGAGCUGUGGUCAUCAUCGUCCUCUUCCGUCACGGGGGCUUCUCUGCUCCAGGAGCUGGAUGGCUCGCACGCGGGAGAAGGAUGAGUUUAUGCCCAAACGGAUGAUUGCUUGUCCUCGCACUCUCGCAUCGGGAGAUCUUUUGGAAUGUCCUCGAAGAAUCUCAGGUUUUUUUUCAAUUCUGUAUAUAUUUUUUUCCCCCAUCUCAGGUUAAAUGCAAUUUCAUAUUUUUCUCGCUCUCUUCUCAUAUUCUCCAUCUGUAGGAUUAUUGCACACAUUUAAUCUUGAAGUGAUCAUAUAUAUAUAUAUAUAAAGACUAGACUAAGCAAUUGAUAUGCUUUUACAUAUAUGAUAUGAUAUUUUAGCAUACUUGUCGACACGUUCUGACAGAUGUUGUCUUAAUAUGCUAACGUAGGAGCCAAUUACAAGACGUUUCCUCAGGUUCCUCAUAAUAUUUUAGUCCAGGUGCUUAAAAUGAGCACUCUGGUUUAUAACAUGCUAGUUAUUAGCAUGGUAUUUGUUUGAUUAUGUUUUGCCAUAUUCCAACCAGCAGUGUGCUCGUCAGACUUCAUAUGCCGGAUGUCUGCUUCCAUUGCGCACAAAUAAAGCUUUUGCAAGGAUAAGUAAUUGAUUUGGUGCGAAAUUGAACACCAUUAGAAUGCGAUGUCGUCCAAAAUUACAAGUGGAAAAAAAUGGUAGUCCAAGUCACGUGAUUAAAAUUAACAUGGACACUAACAUUAGUCGAAGAAAGAUGAAUAACAUGUAAAUAAAUUGCCGUGUGGCAAUCUUUGUAGUUCAGCAAAUGUUAUUUGUACAGUGUAUUUUAAACAUUUUUUUUUUAAAUCUGAAAAUGUUAUUUCAACACCACCAACAGUUUGUGAUCUGUUAUUAAGCAUCCUGUAAUAUUUGUUGCAUUAUUUGAUAUAUUUUUUACCGAUUGGUUAGUUGAUUCAAAUGUAUCUAUGUAAUUAGUUUAAUUGAUUUUUAAAUACAAAUUGGGAAAAAAUAUUGGAUAAAACAAUCAAUUGCAAGUGCAUCACUAUAUUAUAUAAUUACAAAAGUGGGGGUGUAUUAAUUUCAUUGUUUUAACAACCAAGAAAUCGUUACAAAAGCAGCCGAAAAGAUUUCAAAAUGGAAAUUUGUGUGUACCAUUUAUGGGUUUUUCAGUCUUGGAAUUUGCAAUGCUGGAAUGGAAUGAAAUCUCCAAUAUGAUUGAAUUCAACGUUGCACUGAGCGGAUUACUGUGUUAUUAAGCAUGAUGCAUAUCUUUACACGGCGCUAUUGUGUUGUUUUAAUUCCGCACCCUAGUUAUAUUUAAAAUGCUAAAUAUAUAUAUAUAUAUAUAUGAAUGAACGCCGCCUUGGCGGCGGUGGGGGUUCCGUCUACCCUCCUCCCUUCUCCCACGGACCCCUCGGUUGUGCGAAGCGCGCACGCGUGCCAAACUGCGUGGGAAUGGUUGUUCGCUGCUCGGGAUGGAUGGAGUGGGUUGGGCCGAGCGGAGCCAGCCGAGCGCUACAUGAGUUCCUAAUGUCCGCCAUGUUGGCCAUGGCGCAUUGAACCGGGGAGGGAGAGCGGAGCGCCACGGGAAACCACACCGACACAGAGCCACCGAGACGCGGGCCCGCCCGGCUCUGCUCGCGCUGCUACGCACCCGAGGCCGGCCCCGAUCGAGCCGCGUGCUCCACCAGACCCUCCCGGAGCCACCCAUGACGAUUACGGGCACAAUCGCUUGCCAAUAGACUCGAUUUAUGCUGCAUCUUGUAGUUUUAAUAUUAAAACAAUGAGUAAAUUGUCGUUUCGGGCACGGGCGCUGGAUGCUAGUAAGCCCCUGCCCGUCUUCCGCUGCGAGGAUUUACCGGACCUGCACGAAUAUGCUUCGAUAAACCGAGCGGUGCCGCAGAUGCCUACCGGGAUGGAAAAGGAGGAGGAAUCGGAGCAUCACCUCCAGCGAGCCAUUUCGGCGCAGCAGGUCUACGGCGAGAAGAGGGACAACAUGGUCAUCCCCGUGCCCGAGGCCGAACGCAACAUCACGCACUACGAGUCCCUCUACCCCGGGGAGUUCAAAAUGCCAAAGCAGCUUAUUCACAUACAGCCUUUCGGUUUGGAUACGGAGCAGCCGGACUACGACCUCGAUUCAGGGGACGAGACUUUUGUGAAUAAGCUAAAGAAGAAAAUGGAAAUCACUGCGCUGCAGUUUGAAGAAAUGAUUGACCGACUGGAGAAAGGCAGCGGGCAACAGUUUGUCAGUCUCCAGGAGGCCAAGCUGCUGCUGAAGGAAGACGACGAGCUGAUCAAAGAAGUGUUUGACUACUGGAGCCGCAAGAGGAAGGUGUGCAAGUUUGGCACCUUCGUCUCCAACGUCAAGCAGGAGAAGAGGGACGGCUCCAGCACCAGCGACCCCUACGUGGCCUUUCGCAGACGCACGGAGAAGAUGCAGACCAGGAAGAACCGUAAGAACGACGAGGCAUCUUACGAGAAGAUGCUGAAGCUCCGCAGGGACCUCAGCCGUGCCGUCACCAUCCUGGAGAUGAUCAAGAGGAGGGAAAAGAGCAAGAGGGAAAUGCUCCACCUCACGCUGGAAAUUGUGGAGAAGCGAAACACUAUGCCCGACUUUGGCAGCGAGGUGAUGGCAGAAGCGCUUGCCCAGCAGGCUCUGGUGAAGCCCAUCUACACCAUCCCCAUCAUUCCCAGUGCCAACCAAUACCGACACCAGGACCACUUGGACAUGAAGGACUACAAGAAGCAGGAGAAGACGGAGGUAGUGCGAACCAAAAGGAAAUAUGAAAAGAAGCCCAAGAUCCCCCCUCUGUUUGCACCCCAUCACACGGGACCCUCUGUGUUCAAUCUCAAGGACCUCAACCAGUACGACUUUCCCAGCUCUGAAGAUGAAGCCUUCACACAGAUUCAUUCGGGUUCUUCAGAGGCAGAAGAGGAAAACGACCCAGAUGGCUGCUACGCAUUCAGGAGGAAGGCCGGCUGUCAUUACUACGCUGCAAAUCCCGGGCAGACUGGCAGCUGGCCGUGGGUGAGCCCGCUGGAGGGCGGUCUCGGUCACCCGCGCUUUCGCUACUGUCUGACCUCCCUGAACGCGCCGCGUCGCUGCAUCGGCCUGGCUCGACGGCGCGUGGGCCGAGGAGGCAGGUUCUUGUUGGAUCGAGCGCACGCCGACCUCGAUUGCGUCAGUCAGUAUCUGGACUCGGACCGGCAGCCCGAACCCCUCUCAUCGCCACUUCCGAACUCUCCGCUCCGCAACUCCAGUACCUCAGAAAACGAUACCUCGGACCCUGCCGGCUCUUCCCGCCCUCUGGGCCCCGCGGCCUCGUUGUCGUCGUCAUCCGGCGUGACCGUGGACCUCAGCCGGAUUCUUUUGAACAUUAAAUCGUGCCGCUGGAGGCAUUUUCGACCACGGACGCUAUCCCAGCAUGCUUCGGGUGCGGGGGACUUGUCGCUUAAAGGAUUUGGGGAUUUUAGUCGGACCGUGUCGGGACUAACUCGGACCCUCUCCGGAGGAUCCUUCUCACAGAACCGCGCCGGCGUCCCAGCUGCUCCUGUCAAAAUGCUCACGGUGGAGCAGUACCAGCAGCAUCAAGAGCAGCUGGCCGUCAUGCUGGAGCAGAGCCAACAGCAGCAGCAGCAACAGCAAGAAGACAAACAGCAACAGCAACAGCAGCAACAACAACAACAACAACAGCAGCAGCAGCAGCAGCAACGGCGGCAAAAGGAGCAGCGGCAGCGUCAACAAAUCCAGCACGCCAACAACUCCCUCAGCGUGACCAGCCCGCUCAUCAGUCAGGUUCUGGUUUCCAAGACCUUGGACCAGGCCAGCGCCCAGUUUGCAGCCUCGGCCCUCGUCACCGCCGACCAGCUGCUGGCCUUCAAGUCCAAAGACGAGCCGGUGCUGGCCAGCGGGGUCAACGGCGUCCUGGGAGCAGGCGUGUUGAAAGGUCUGCACCUGUCCAGCACGGCCACAGCGCUCCACCCCGGCCACCAGCCGGCCGUCCCCGCCUUCCCGCAGCCCUCGCCGCAUCCGGCCGCCCCCCCGCCCGCCACCAAGGCCGUCCCCGUGUCCCUGGCGGCCGCCCCCGGGAACCACGCGGCGCUGGGCCUGCUGGGUUGCGGCCCGGCCGGCGCCGCCCCCGCCGCCGCUCAGGUGCUCAUCGGGAACAACAUCUGUCUCAGCGUCCCGUCGGCCGCCAACCUGGCGGGGCGCCACCUGCCCCGCGCCCUGGCCGGCGUGCCGCCCUCUGCCUUAAAACUGUCCGCCGCCAACAACCUGCAGAAGCCCAAAGUCUCUGCCACGCCGUCCUUGGACAUCAACUCCAGGGAGAAGCGCGAAGAGGACAAAUCAUCGCUGAACAGUAUAGCGGACAACACCGUGGCCAUGGAAGUGACGUAGUGGCGCGGGGGGGGGGUGCCGGAUCUUCGGACUUUUUCCCGGUGCUGUGCACCGAAGCGUCUUGGGGGGGGGCAUUGCGAUGUCGCCGCCGCCGUCGUCGUGUUGUUUUGUUUUUUUUUUUUUUGUGUUUUGUUU